AUGAGUGCGAGUCUGGUGCAGAACACAGCCACAAGCCCGAAUCAAUAUCCAACGGCCGCCCAGAAGAAGACCUACGCCGUGGCUCUCUUCGACCUUCAGACCUACGACCCCAAUGACCUUCAGUUUAAGGAGGGCGACCUGCUAGUCGUCUACGACACCACCGGCGACUGGUGGAAGGGUUUCAAUCCCAGAACAGGCAAAAAGGGCUUCAUUCCCUUCAACUACGUAAAUGACAGGAAGGGUACCUCUCACAUCCUUGAUGCCAUCCAUGAAAUUGACAGGGAGCAGGCCAUCAAAAAGCUUCUUGCAACUGCGGCUAACUGGGAUGAAAAUUUUAUCCUCAGGCCUAGAGCUGGUGAGUUGUUUUGCGGCCAUAUUAAUGUCCUCGGUACUGUCAGAGCUUUAGUCUGCGCAGCUCUGAAGCCCUGGCGAGGUAGGCGCAAAGCUGCGUCCUUAUGAAAAUUUCUACUGAGGGUGCAGGUGUCUCAAUGGGGAAUGCCGCUGUCAUUCAGGCCCCAGAACCCGUUGGCUGACAACGCGUCCAGUGACAGAUGGCAUACUGUUGUGUUGAAUUCGAGCACGCCCCUUCAUGGUACAUCAGAGUGCGCUUUACGUUUCAGCCGUCGGUUUCAACGAUGUCCACCGUAUACCCAACAGCAGGGCGGACGCUGGAACGGUUUAUAGUGAUAGUCGGCUUGCACCGUAUCUACCGCACAGGCUCUCUUUUCCUUCCACCACUGUCCCGUUUCAUGACAGAGUCAGAAAAACCGGAUGCGGGGGAGGACGCGGGUGGCUGGUGCGGCGUGAACUUGCACCUUGGAGUGCCGCCACAGCCCCGGUCUGCAUACGAACGACUAGGAUUUUUCACAAAAGGAAGGUAGAGCGGCUCGGAUGCUAACUAACAGAGAGUGUCACAUUAGGGAGGAGCCGUUGCAGUCUGACUCUCAGUCUACCAGUCGGCGGCUCCACGCAAACACACAUAUUGGGCUGAAUGUGAGGUCUGGCAACCUUUCAGGCCACACCCUUUACCGCACUGUGAUAGGCUCAAACGCGUGCACUUGUUUAGGGUAAGAAAACUGCGCUGAGGGUCGACCUCGAUCGCUCUUCCCUUGCUCGUGAACCAGUCGAUUGUCCCAGCCGGACAGCCAACUGAUAUUAGGAUUGGGAGAUGUGAGUGACAGAGCUAGGAACAGCCCGUCUUCACGCACCACACAUGCGACCAGCCUCCACUCGACUUUCACACAAGGAAGUGGGCGACUGAGAUUUCAUGCAUGUCAAAGUGCCAUAGAAGCCACAUUAAGGAGGAGCCAUCGUAAUCUGACUCUGAGUCCACCAACUGGCUGCCCAACUCAAACACACAUUGGGCUGGCUGCGAGGUCCGGGUUAUCUGCAAGCACUCCAAGCCACCGCUUCUAGCGCACCCUCUAUAGGCUCAAGGGCGUCAGAUUGUUUGUAGUGAGAGAAUUGCGCCGAUGGUCGGCCUUAUUUUCUAUUACUCUCCUCCCAAUCCUGUAAAUGGCGUCCACAAGCAAAGUUAACAUGUAGCAGCUUGAACGGUAAACACAUAGCGGCAUGCAUGAUUAAAAGACCUAUUUCCAGCCAUUUCAGUAACGGAAACUUUCAGUACAAUUCAAUGUCAAAAAGACGCAGUUCUAGAAUUGAAAGAAAGCGCCUGUUUCGUCAACGGAAAGUGGUCAUUUCUCCAAGUCUUCCUCCGGAUCUUUGAGUGAGAUUUUUUCAUACGAUGAAGGUAAACUUGAUCAAAAGACAUUUAAGUGCGAUAUGACUUGCAGACCCAUGAGCUAAACUGGGUACUAGGAUUAAAAAUCCUUUGUAGACACUGACUCACUUGAGGUUUAGAUCAAUAAUACAGGGGAAACCAAGUUCAAGACUGUCUCUUAAUGGGCUCAAAGCGCUUGCACUUCAAAAAUAGAAAACAUUUCUGUUUUGAAGAACUUCAAUCAUGUUUAGAUAAAACAGUCUAUAAAGAAUGCCUCUAAAACACACGUCUUACUUACAUCCAGACAGAAUCAGGCUUUCCCGGUAGAAAUGUCGAUAGGAGUAUAACUGGCAGAGUCAGGAAUAACAACGGUAGCAGGAAUGGUUAUAACAACGAAAACUAGCAAUCCCAUGGUGGUAUUUCUAUCAGAAUUUUAUAAUUCAGUCGAUCUAAUUAUGAAAAUGUCUCAGUCGAACCAAUGAAAACAAAGGCAGGACCUUAACAGUGAAUUUAACUAUAUUUGAGUGAAGUUACCCGUCCAAUCUCCUGUAAGGUAUGGAACCCUCCUAUUCUGGUGCAGUAACUUAACUGUCAAAGCAGAAUUUCCUGAAAAAUCAAUAAAAAUGCACUAGGCGGCUAUCUGAUACACAAAUGGUGUUUUUAGCGGAUUUGACUAAUUCAUGAGACUCUGCUGGAUUCAAGGCUGAUUUCAGUUAUAGUAGGUUUUUAAAAAAGUCAAGACCUUAGAGCAGGACCUCGUGUCCAAGUUGGUUAGGACGUUGACUGUACUCAAGCUACCGUGGAUUCGAAUCCUCCCUUGACUGCCGAGUUUUUCACAAUUCAGUCAAAUGAAUUUUUCAAAUCUGCCAAGGAGCACCGAUUAAUUAAGUGGACCUGGUAGUCAUCCAGUGCACACUAGAUUAAUUUUUCGGCGAAUCCUGCUUCGACAGUCAGCUUAUUGUACCAAAUUUGGUGAAUUAUAUAUGUUGCAGUUGGCUGGACGGGUUACUUGACUCAAAUGUGCUUAAAUUCAUGACUCCCAGACGGGGCCCCCGUAGCUCAGAAGGUGAGAGCGUUGGCUGUACUCAGGCCUUGUCCUUGCUGUCGCGGUUCGGAUCUCACCGAGGCCGAGUGGAUUUCAUAACUGCCUCUAAUGAGUCCUUUGUAUCAAUAAUAAUCAUAUUAGUAGUAAUAGUAGUAGCAGUAGUAGUAGUAGUAGUAAUAGUAGUGGUGAUAGUAGUAGUAGUAGUAGUAGUAGUAGUAAUAAUAGCUGUAGUAGUAGCAGUAGUAGGAGUAGUAGUAGUAGUAGUAGUAGUAGUAUUAGUAGUAGCAGUAGUAGUAGUAGAAGAAGUAGUAACAGUAGUAGCAGUAGUGGUACUAGAAAAAUCCAAUAUAGUGAGAAGUCCCAGUCGUCAGGAGAUAUACAGAACAUGGCACCAAUAAUAGUAGUAAUGAAUGGGAUGGAAAAAAAACACUGUUAAACGGCAUCAAAUCUGCAAAUUGUCCUUCAUACCCUUUCUUUUUUCAAGACUUUCAUCUGUUUGCGUCUUGUCAGGUGACGAAACCUUCGCCCUCUCCGUCCGUCUCUACUCCCAGGAAGGCGUCAAAGUGAAACACUACAAACUUUCCUUCGACACAAGCAUGGGCCAGUGCUACCUGCGAGACGAUAGUCGUUUCCUCACCGUCCAAGAACUCAUCACCUACUAUCAACGUUAGUUUUCAAUCCGUGGGCGAGAAAGCACACUUUUUUCUAUAUCCUCAUGCAAUGCCUACAACAUAAGUCCUGCUAGGGUAGACCAUUUAUUUAGAAAAAAUCUUUUUAAAUCAGCGUAGAUUAGUUACAAAGGGUUUGGAUCAAACAGUCAGAGUUGAUGUGGUUAUCAUUUAAACGGGUCAGACUCAUUGCAGCAAACAGAAGGAAAGAAUAGUCGAUGCCCGUUAUCUCUGCGACCUGUUUAGUAGCAUGGCUAUCCGAAGGUAUUUAUAAGUCGCUGCCAGAGGAGCUUACACCAACAUCAUCAACGAUAUGGCAUUCCAUGCCAUACAGUAAGGACAUUUCAGAAGCGAUUAAACGUAUUGCUGAGGAACUAGGUUUUGGAAUUGCGUACGACCUAAAGCCACUAAGACCGGUCAAAGCCCCAGGAGCAAUGUGGCGCGGUGUGUCGCAUCCCGUGCCAAAACUAUGCUUGUAACUGCACAGGCCAAACAGUACGCAUGCUCAGAUCGCGCAUGCUCGAACAUAAGCUGGUUGUGCUACGGGUCAACGAAUUAUCACAAGUGGCUCUCCACACCAACGAAAUGGGUCAUAAGUUUAACAUCACAGCAACAAAGGUAAUCGUCGACGCCGGGAAUAAGACUAUCUGAGAAUUGCUUGAACUUGGGCUUCGGACAAAAAUGCAGUCAAUCGAUUUUUCUAUCUGGGGCCGGCGUACAGAGUUCUGCGCAACCAUCCCCGUCUUGCGCCACCGUAGCAUGAUUGUUUAACGCGCCCUACCGUUGUCGCUUGCUCACUGGUUGUUGCUAUUUUUCACCGUGGACUCCUGCACGAGGUCGAAUGUUCAGAACAAUAAAAAAAACAUUUCUGUGCUCGACCAGCCUUCUUCUUCAAUAAAACCAUUUUCAGUUGUCCGAGCACAAAUUGAGGGCUAUCAACCCUAUUCGAGCAGAUGGCAGAAAUAAUCUAGGCAAACUAAAACAAAAACUGUCAGUCCGUAAUCAAGCACGCAUAAAUUCGCGCAGCAUGGUUUCUCGCAUAUUGUCGGUCACUGAUGGGAGUUUGGCAAAUCCACUGUAAUUUCCUGGGAGACAUGAUCAACUUGACUUCAUGGUGGGCCCACAUCGACUGUUCACCAACUCUUUGCGUUGCUUAACUAUAGCGGCCUGACCAGUUACUCCUUCCAUCACAGCUUUUAUUCAAAUAUCUCAGACUUUCUCUUUUGGCAUGAUAAAAUAGCGCACAUUCUCGCAACGCCGCAUAGACAGGCGAAAGACUUAUUUUCGGUCGCCAUCAGCCUCCCUACAGGCGGAGAAGAUCUGCGGACUGGUCCAGUUGGUGGCUAAGGCAGACGCUCGACCACUACAGUUAAUGGUUCACAGUCCGUUGGUCGCGAUGAGAAGCACGCAGUCAUAUGUGAGUGUGUUCACCAGUCCGGCUUGACUAAUAAACGGAGUUCAAACGUGACGUUUUGCUCUGGAGCGCCGAUCCGAAGGCCUCACAGACGAAGGCAUAGUUUAAGGACGAAAGCCGACAGUCGCAAACGACAGCCUCAACUGUGUGCACCAUCAAAUGGGUGCGGUGCCGAUGAGGCACGUAUGUGAGGUGGACUUGCACUGCGCCUGAUGCACUCUCUCCUCCUUAGCCCAGUUUGCAGGGAUGACAAGAGGGUCUUUGGUGGGCGCAGGGUCAGUGGAUGGCCGAGCUAAACAGUCCCUCUACACGUACUGCACACGAGCUCGUCGCCGUGGGAAUGGGCUGCCAAUGCCGACCUCUCUCUCUCACGCACCAGUCGUCUCCCCGGGUUUGUCAGCCAGAUUGUGGUGGGAUUGGACACGGUGACUGACGGGUCGUUACGUCAAGGACGCGCACGCAGCUGGACAAACACGCACUGUGAGCCAAUUCGACCCUCUUUCCGUUCAGCGCAUCUACAGCGAAGGUCGUUUCGGCGCCAAGAAUAGCACCGAUAGCGUAAACUAGGACAACUGGAAUGUGUACUUCUAGUUAUAUCGCUUCUCGUAUGCUGGUUGUCCCUCGCAAUGCUACCGACGAGGAAUUUUCAAGGCCGGGAAGCCAAGGCAUGACACAGUCCCUUUGCAUGCCUUUCUACAAUCAAUACAGAUUGGCGAACGCCGCGUAUGUGCCUUUAGUGAAGUUACUCGGUGAGAAUCCUAGACAAAGACAACGUGAACAAUUUUAUGGAGGGGAGAAAAUUGCAGCGUGAUAUAAGUGUACAUAAGGGUAUAUUUUAGCGGAACGGGUUUUCAUGCACCCUACAAAUGAUCUAAAGGAGGUCAAAGAGCAAGUGUAAUUUACAAUACCUUUCGGACAGCCUAAUUGUAUGCGCCCUGCUUAAAACGGCAGCCAUGCCUCAACUAAGACUGGAAAGAUUUUAAUUUGACCCUCUCCUCCUCCUUCCGUUUCAGAACAUGAAAUAGAGGACAACUGUCAUCUGCGCAAGCCCGUUCGUUGA